GGCCGUAUCCACAAAGAUCCUGAGGGAGAUUUUUGCCUAAGUUUACAUACUUUCCCCUUAAUUUUCGCUAUUUUCCCUUAAUUGUUAAGAUAUUCCUCAAGUAUUAUCCACAAAACAAAAUGCCCUUAUGUUUUGCCUUAAGUCGGCAUUUUCGCCUUAACUUUUAAGGAACCUCCGGAGGACCCUUAAAUAUUAAGGAAAAAACUAACGUAGCGUCCAUUUUAACGCGGAAUCCUGUUUUCAAGGAGAGAAGUUAGAAAAUCAUCACAAUCGGUGGGUGUAUCUUAUUUCUUUUGAUAAAUUUAUCGAUAGUGCAGUUGAUUUAAAUAGUAAUUGUUUCUACCCGUUUAUAUUUGUUAGCGAGACAGGAAGUUGCAAUGUUUACUUCCGUAUGUAAAAAAAUAAGGAAUUGAUCGAGGAAGUUUUCGCACGUUGGUUUCAAGCUGUUAUUUUGUUAUACAAAUGUAAACACUGAUUUAAAAGCAGUUGAUGUGAAGUGUUUUUGUGUUUAUGAAAGAAUCAUACUUGUUUGUUUGAGUCAGUAACGAGGAAAAUCCGGAAAUGUUGAAUUGGGUUUACGGUCAUUUCGUAGCAUAGCCGUUUCGUACUCGUAGCUAAGCAUUUUCAGUUAUUUCGUAAUCAUUAAUCGAUCAUUUUGUAACCAAAUCGGUUAUUUUUGUAACCAGUAAUUAAAAUUGAUUGUGUUUUCUAUUAUCAAUUCAAUUGCCAUUUUUAACGUUAUGUUACAAAAUGACAGACGCCCAAUCCCCCCAUUGUAUUGAAUUUGGAGAUGAAAAAACAACAUUGUCGUUUCGGAAUAUCCGGUCACCAAGAUGAUACUGUAUGAAAUAAAAGUUACAAAUCUUGCUGGGCUUAAUCUAUACUAUAUCGGGACGAACACUGUUCCAGUAUUUGUAUGUACUUUGCCUUGCAAGAUAAUGAAAAUCAAUCCAUAAAUGGCAGGAUAUAUUUGAUGGUAAGUUACUUUUCUACCAUAUAGCAAUUCAUACAGUACAUUGUGAUAUUUUCAACAUUUUGGUUAUACAGCUUGCAGCAAAAUGGCAGUUCGGGAGUAUCGUGAGCGAAUUGACAUUGCACAGUUGACCAAUGAUGAUCUGUACAAGAGGUAUCGUGUGAACCAUGCCACAUUGGCAUAUAUAAUUGCCCAGCUGGAUGCUGCCUUAGCCCCCAAUACUGACAGGAGCCACAGCCUUUCUACUGGCUACAAGGUCUUGAUCACACUGAGGUACCUGGCUACCGGUGUGAUACAGCUCAACACCGGUGAUCUGCACUCUGUAGCUCAAUCAAGUGUUUCGAGAGCAGUAUCUCAAACACUUGAUGAACUGAGCUCCCAAAAUGUUGUGAGGAGACACAUUAGAUUCCCAACAACCAUUGAGUCAUUAAACAGGAAUAAACAAGGAUUUUUUCAUAUUGCUAGAUUCCCAAAUGUGAUCGGUGUCAUAGAUGGGACUCAUGUACAGAUCCAGGCACCAUCUAUUCUAUUUAGACAGAGACAACCGCCAUUUUUGUGUGCCGAGAAAUCUCGUGAACGGGUAGAGUUGGCGGCCAGACGAGAACAGGCGAGGAGGGACCGGGAGAGCAAUGUAAACAUGGACAUCGUAGAGUACUUCACUCAACAAUGGGCUGAGGUCAUUGACAACCAACAAGACCAACAAGAAGAAAACCACAAUGAGGAGGGUGGCAGCAUGGGUGAAGUUGAUGAUACAGCUGACAGUGAGAAGUCUGAAGAAGAACUUAAUCAGUUAGAUCAAAGCGAGGACGCGAAGGUUUUCGUGAGCUGA